AUUCGUAUAUUUGGUAAGAGAAGACUUGCGAAUAGCGUUUCAUGUAAGCAUUUCUUUUUAACAAGCAUGUUAUAAAAGUAGAUACUUCAACAUGGUGCUAUGGAAAGCAUUUCUUAACAUUGCUAUAAUUACUACGAUCUGUAAUCAACUAAUUAUCGGUGAUAAUCUAUCGGAAUUUUCUGCUAUAACAGACGCUACUAUCUCACUAAAUGACUCUCUAAAACAUGUCUAUGAGAGUGUGAAGAGCACAAAGAGUAAAAGGAAAUUGCCUAUAUUUCCAGGAGGUUGCAGUAAGAAACCAGAUCCACCCAUACAUGGUGAAAUAAUUUGCUCUAUAGACAGUGGAUGUAUUGCAACUUGUAAACGUGAUUACGAAUUUCCAAACGGAGUAACAAGAUUAGCUAUAACAUGUAUGAAUGAGGAAUGGCAUAUUUAUGGCACAGAUUGGGACUCUAUUCCUCACUGUGAACCAAUUUGUAUACCAGAGUGUUUGAACAACGGAAUAUGUGUCGCACCCCAUCAAUGCAAUUGUCCCGAGGACUUCACUGGACCACAGUGUCAAUUUGAGAACAAACCAUGUCUAAAUUUCCCUGCUCCAGUACUUAAUGCACAUAAGAAGUGCAACUCACAAUCAUGUACCAUAUCCUGUAUGAAGAAUUUUACGUUCCCGGAUGGCACCUCAGUCACUAAUCUUAUGUGCAAGAAUGGAAAUUGGAAGCCCACCAGGGAAGACUGGGUCUCCAUACCUGACUGUGAACCUGUGUGUGAUCCACCUUGUCAGAAUGGUGGCAAUUGUCUCCCAUCUAAUUUUUGUCAAUGUCCUCAAGCAUUCAAAGGACCCCAGUGUCAAUAUUCUACUGAUAAUUGCAAUGGGGAGAAAAUGGGUUUUAAUGGAGGCUUUUCCUGCACAAGUGUUGAUGAUACUUAUUCAUGUAUCAUAAGAUGUCCUGAUGGGAUAGAAUUUGAGUUCCCUUCAGCUUCUGCAUAUAUUUGCAACUAUGAAACAGGUGUCUUUUCACCUCAACCAAUUCCCCAAUGUAACUACGGCGAUAAUAUGAAUAUAAUUUCUUUGGGGACAACGUAUCAUUCUUAUGUUAAGGAGACUAAUCAUACUUGGACCUACCAGGAUACUUUCAAAUCCCAUACAAACCAGUUACCAUUGUUACAAGGAAAUUAUGGGCUCACACAACAUUAUAGCAGUCAUGAAUCCAAUAUGGUCACGAAUACGAUGAUGUUUAAUCCACCGGAGAAUAACCUGUUGUUUAUUGAAGAGAAGAAACCAGUUCCAAAAACCUGCUUCACAUGGGGUGGAAUGCACUACAAAACCUUUGAUGACAAUGUUUUCAGCUUCGAUAGUGGAUGUUCUCAUAUCUUAGUACAGGAAGCACAGAACAGACUGUUCACUGUAACUGUGGACAACAGUCCAACUUGCAAAAAUCAGGACUGUUUCAGGAUUAUCAGAAUUUUCAUCCAGGACAAAGAAUACAUUUUGUUGCGAAAUGAAGACGGCGUUCCAGAAUUUAGAACUCGAAAGCACCAGCUUCCAAUUCCAGCACAACUCUCUGCAUUGAGAGCUGAAAUGUCUGCACAUUUCAUUGUGAUAACUUUGGACUCUUUGGGAAUUCAGUUGAAAUGGGAUGGUGCUCUGAUGUUACAAGUUGAAGCUCUAGAAAAUAUGUGGAAUAAAACGACCGGAUUAUGCGGUAACAUGAAUGGCGAUAAAAGUGACGAUUUAAUAAGUAAGAAUGGAGAACAUACUAAAAGUAUUGCAUCAUUUGCUACUUCUUGGCGGACAGAAAAUAUUGGAGAAAUGUGCGACGAAUAUCCAAACACUAAGCACUCCUGUGAAUCUGAUUCAUUAAUUACCAAAGAAGCCAUUGAAUUUUGUACAAAACUAUUUUCUGAUCGCCGAUUUAAAGCUUGUGCUAGCACACUUAACAUUCCUGAGCUGCAGACAGCCUGUGUAUGGGAUUACUGUUCUUGCUUAGACAGUGACAGAAAAAGAUGUGCCUGUGAUACGAUGAAUGUAUACGUUAGGCAAUGUGCUCAUAAAAAGGUUGUGUCUCUAUCUGGUUGGAGGAGUGAUGACAUUUGUCCCAUGAUAUGUAGCAGUGGACGAAUAUACCUGCCAUGUGGUCCAAAAAUAGAAUCAUCUUGCUGGACAGUAGAGGAAAAGAAACCAAAUACAAUGGAUUGCGAAGAGGGUUGUUUUUGUCCGGAAGGAACAGUAGCUUACGAAGGAAGGUGCAUUCAAUUUGAUGAAUGCCCUUGCAAGCUGCGUGGAAAAUUGUUUCAGCCUGGGGAGAGUGUACAAAAGGAUUGCAAUACCUGUACAUGCUUUUCUGGAAAAUGGAUAUGUACUCAAACAAAAUGCAGUGCUAGGUGUGCUGUCAUAGGAGAUCCCCAUUAUAUUACUUUUGAUGGAAGACAUUAUGACUUUAUGGGAAAAUGCAAGUAUUAUCUGAUGAAGGGUGAUGAUUACAGUAUCGAAGGUGAAAAUGUUCCCUGUUCUGGUGCAAUAUCGGAGAAUAUGGGACACAUUCCUUCUGAAGCUCCUUCCUGUACGAAGACUAUCACAAUCAAUUACAAAGACAUUAGCAUGAAGCUAAAGCAACAUAGGGAAGUAUUGAUUAAUGGAGAUGAUCUAACAGUAUUUCCUAGACUUAUUCAUGGAAUUAGAAUACGCAUUGCAAGCAGUAUAUUUUUAAUCGUUCAAUUGCCAAAUGGUUUGGAGAUAUGGUGGGAUGGAAUUUCUCGUGUAUAUAUUAAUGCUCCUCCUGAAUUCCAUGGCAAUACAAGGGGACUUUGUGGCACAUUUUCUGAGAACCAGAAGGACGACUUCAUUACACCAGAGGGUGACAUUGAAAACACAGCAAUUGCCUUUGCCAAUAAAUGGAAAUGUGAUGAAUUUUGUCCCAAUGUCGCAGACAAAGAAUUGGAUCAUCCCUGUGAUCUUGAUCCACAAAAACGAGCCACUGCAAAGCAAUAUUGUUCUUAUUUAUUCAGUGAUAUCUUUGCUGGUUGCCACUGGCACGUAGAUCCGGAUACAUUUUACAGAGACUGUUUGUUUGAUAUGUGCUCUUGUAAAGUUGAACUUGAAUCCUGUCUCUGUCCUAUGUUAGCUGCAUAUGCCAAAGAUUGUGCAGCUGCUGGAAUAAAGCUUUCAUGGCACCAGAACAUAGAGGAAUGUAAAAUUCAUUGUCCAGGGAAUCAAGUUUAUCAAAUUUGUGGAGAUAGUUGCACCAGAUCUUGUGGAGAUAUAUCUUCUUAUCAGGACUGCAAACAAGAAUGUGUAGAGGGAUGUAACUGCCCAGAGGGAGAAACAUUGGAUAUCCAUGGGGAAUGCAUUCCAAUUGGACAGUGUCCAUGCAUUUACAGUGACUUGGAGUUUAGUCCAGGGCACAAAGAAGUCAGACCUGGAAAUAAAGCACUCGAACUUUGUACCUGUGCAGGUGGAAUUUGGAGCUGUCAGGAAGCCACACCAAAUGAAAUUACAAAAUACCCAGCAACCAAGGACCUAUUGGCCUCAUGUGUGGCAAGCAAUAAUCAGGAAGUUACAGACUGUGUACCAGCAGAGCCUAGGACCUGUCAUAAUAUGCACAAACUAGUCCAGAAGCCGUCAAUCUGUAAAUCUGGCUGCAUUUGCAAACCUGGUUAUGUUUUGGAUGAGCCAGAUGGUAGAUGCAUCAAAGAGGAAUCUUGUUCAUGUCAUCAUGGAAGUCAGAGCUACGAAGAAGGAUCUAUUAUACAAAACGACUGCAAUACAUGCAAGUGUAUCAAUGGAACAUGGAAAUGCACUGAUAGGACAUGUGCAGGAGUUUGUUCUGCUUGGGGAGACUCUCAUUAUAAGACAUUUGAUGGGAGGCUUUAUGAUUUCGAAGGAAUAUGCGAUUACGUGUUUGUGAAAGGUUCUUUGAGCCAGGAAGACUGUUUCGACGUGUCUAUUCAGAAUGUCCCCUGUGGAACAACCGGGACAUCCUGCUCUAAAUCGAUCACUCUUACCAUUGGAAGUGGUCAAAACUCAGAAAGAAUUGUUUUAACUAGAGGAAAGGAACUUCCAGCGGAUAAUUUUAAAAGGAUCUCCAUGAGAGAAGCUGGACUAUUUGUAUUUAUUGAUGUACCAGAUAUGGGGUUAACUGUACAAUGGGAUAAAGGUACCAGAGUGUAUGUAAGAUUAGAGCCUAGUUGGAAGGGGCACACAAAAGGACUCUGUGGUGAUUACAAUGAUAAUAGCAAGGAUGAUUUCAAAACUCCUUCAGGUGGAAUCUCAGAAGUGUCUGCUAAUCUAUUUGGAGAUUCCUGGAAGAAGAACGAGUUCUGUCCCGAGCCGAAAGAUGUCUUGGAUCCUUGUGUGCAACAUCCAGAGAGGAACUUAUGGGCUGUACAAAAGUGUGGAAUAUUAAAAUCACCAGUUUUUCAUCCUUGUCAUUCCGAAGUUGAGGUCGAAAGUUAUGUGCGCAACUGCAUUUAUGAUACUUGUAGUUGUGAUACAGGAGGAGACUGCGAAUGUCUAUGCACUGCCUUGGCAGCAUACGCUCAGGAAUGUAAUGCAAAAGGAGUUCCCAUAAAAUGGCGCAGUCAAGAACUCUGUCCCAUACAAUGUGAUGAAAAAUGUAGCUCGUAUUCUCCUUGCAUUACAACGUGUCCUCGUGAAACCUGCGAUAAUCUUAUCACUCUAAAGGAUAAAGCUCAUUUAUGUUCUCAAGACACUUGCGUUGAAGGAUGUUUGGUCAAAUCUUGUCCUCAGAAUCAAGUGUAUAGCAAUGAUAGUUACACGGAAUGCGUUCCCAAAGAAACUUGUAAAACACCUUGUACUGAAAUUAAUGGGGUAAUUUAUUAUGAGGGUGAUAGUGUAAAGAAUGAAAAUUGUCAGAUGUGUUACUGUAGUCGUGGAAAAGUGUUAUGCAAAGGAGAACCUUGUACAACUAUCACUGCGCCGAAUACUAUACCGCUAGAAGAACCACAGAAAUGUGUGGAUGGCUGGACUGCUUGGAUAAAUCAGGAUCCAGCAAUUAAAGGGAAGAAAUUUAAGGAUAUUGAACCCUUACCUUCAACUUUAGAAUUGGCGAACAAAGGAUCUGCUAUAUGUAACAAGAACCAAAUGGUUGAUAUAAAGUGUAGAUCAGUAAAUGAUUACUUAACACCAAAAGAAACUGGUUUGGAUGUCGAGUGCAGUUUGGAACAUGGUCUUUAUUGCCAAUCUCAACCUGGUCUUCCUUGUAUCGACUUUGAAAUCAGUGUUUUAUGCCAGUGUUCAGCAACUACCGCUGGAGGACCAGAAAUACCAAGUACAACCAAAAAACCUACAUACAAAGAGUGCAAUAUGGAACAUCCAUACGAAUCUCAUCCCACAAAUUGUCAUCUAUUUUAUCAAUGCACCCCUGGACUCAAUGGCAAUGAAUUUGUGGAGAAAUCCUGCGGAGAAAACAUGUUUUACAAUCCUCAGAUACAAGUCUGUGACUGGCCAGCUAAUGUUAUAUCAGUAAGACCAGAGUGUUCGAUGAAACAGACAAUGCCAAAUACGACUGAAUGGACAACUGAUAACACGACCAAAUAUACGAGCAUCACAUCGACUACCUUACAGAAAAACAUAACAGCCAAAGCAUGUAAAGAGGGCGAGACAUGGAGCGAAUGCGCUAUUAACUGUAACAAGGUUUGUGAUUACUAUAAAUACACCUUAAUAAAGGAAGGGAAAUGUGAUGGUAUUUCUGAUUGUGUGCCAGGGUGCAUACCAUUGAAUAAACCACAGUGUUCAUCAAAUGAGUUCUGGAGAGAUGCAUUGACAUGUGUAGACGAGAGUGACUGUAUCUGCAAAUCCCACAAUGGGCAUCCAGUCAUUUCUGGUGCGAUUCUAAAGGAAUCAGAAUGUGAAAUCUGUCAGUGUAUAAAUAAUUAUUACACCUGUGAUAAAUCAUUAUGCGUUAGUGUAACGAAUAAGGUAACCACUGAAAAACCAAUUACCCAACCACCCACAGAAGCAACUACUCUUCCAACCACACUUUUAACUGAGGCUUUCACGAUCAUAAUGUCAAGUACUGUUAGUCCACCAGCUUACUGUGUUAGCAACAAUUUUAUUCCUUUGGUUCAGUAUUUGAACGAUCAAGUUUCUUUUAAUGCUAGUAGUAUUAAAAGUUCCGAGUUCCAACCAGAAAAUGCACUACUGAAUGGGAAUACUAAAUUUUGGGAGCCUGAAUAUACCACUACUGAUCAAUGGUUGGAUAUAAAGUUCCAGAACCCGGAACCUAUCUAUGGAAUCAUCAUUCAAGGCAGUACAAUGGAAAAUAAAUUUGUAACUAGCUACAAAGUACUAUUUUCGGAAAAUGGUCACUCGUUUUCUUAUGUUAUGGAUGAUAGAAAGGAACCACAAGUAUUCAGAGGACCUGUGGAUCAAUUUAAGUCUGUUGAACAAAAGUUUUACAAGCCUAUUGAAGCCAAAAUAAUUCGUAUCAAUCCAUUAUCCUGGCACAAUGGUAUAGCCAUGAAAGUAGAAUUGCUUGGUUGCCAGGAAAUGGUAAGCACCAUUAUACCUGUGAGAGGAAGUGUUCCAAUAACAACUACAAUGAUCACAGAGAAGAUCAUAAUACCAGUAUGUGAUGAUGCAAUGGGGCUAGACAAUGGUUUAAUCUUUCCUGAACAAGUCUCAGUAUCCUCUUCUUCUACUGAUUUAUUACCGAAUUUAAAGUUAUCUUCUCCGAGCAUCUGGCAUCCGAAACUAGACAAUCCAUACCAAUUUGUAAAGAUUGACUUCUUGGAGCCUCGUAAUUUAACAGGCAUCGCUACUAAGGGUAGCGAUGACACCUGGACAACGGUUUAUAAAGUGUUUUACAGCAGUGAUGAUUAUCAGUGGAACCCAGUCAUGGAUGAGAAUGGCUUGGAAAGAGAAUUCUUAGGUAAUUUUGACUCCGACACUGUUAAGAAGAAUUACUUUGAUAAACCAUUGAAUGCAAGAUAUCUGAAGGUGCAACCAAUUAAAUGGCACAAACAGAUAGGUCUCAAACUUGAAGUCCUUGGCUGCUUCUUGCCCUAUACUACAAUUAAAACAAUCACUGAAGAGUUAGAAUUAACGCCAACAACGGUACAAACAUUAGAAAAAUGCAAUGUGUGCAAAGGAGUACCAUUUGAAGAUCAAGUUAAUUGUAGAUGCACAGAAUCACUCUGGUGGAAUGGAGAUACUUGUGUUGCCCAGCAAGAAUGUCCUUGCGUAGUUGGACAUAUAACAUACAAUGUGGGCGUAAUUUAUAUGGGUGAAAAUUGUCAAGAAUGCACAUGCACCUUGGGUGGUACCUCUUUCUGUCAGCCAAUGAAGUGUAAACCUUGUCAAGAGCCAGAAAUGAGACCAGUGGUUAACGGACUCUGCAAUUGUAUUUGCAAACCUUGUCCAAGUGGGACACGUCACUGUCCAACUAGUGACGUUUGUAUCGAUGAGAAUUCAUGGUGUAAUGGGAUUCAGGAUUGUCCAGAUGAUGAAAAGGAUUGUUCACAGACUACAAUAAAACAUGAAGAAAUUACUACAGUGAAAAUAGAAAGUACGACAGUUACUCCAACUUCAGUUACUCCAAUCGUGUGUCAAGAGCCUGCCUGCCCACUGGGAUACAAGAUAGUUUUAAAAACGCCUACAAAAUGGCAACACUAUCUCAGAUCCCAUAUGGGAAAGGAAGUAAAAUCUUCAAGCAUGAAUUCAUUGAGAACGAAAGGACUAAGGAACUCUUUCAAUAAGUCUAUGAAUCAUGAUUCGAAACACACAGAUAAUGAAAACAUUAAAAGUGAAACAGAAUGUGCACAGUUUACUUGUGUGCCUAUAAUACUAUCAAUUUUUAAUCAGGCUGUACCUCAGACCUGCCCAAAGGUGUCCUGUCCACCAGGUUACACAGUUGUUUAUGAAAAGAUGAGCAUGUAUAAGCUUGAGAAGUGUCCUAAAUAUACUUGUAAGCCUCCACCACCAAUAGAAGCUGUUUGCAAUGUGACGGGAAGAACAUUCAGCACUUUUGACAAGCUGGAAUACAAAUAUGAUAUCUGCAAUCACAUUCUAGCACGAGAUAUGUUUGCCAAUAAAUGGUAUAUUACAUUGGAAAAACAAUGUGAUUCACACACUGGCCAGUGUAUCAAGAUCUUAGCUGUGAUUCUGGAUGCAGAUGUAGUUGUUCUGUACCCCGCCGAUAUGCAUGUGGACAUUAACGAUUACAGUUUCACACAAAAGCAGAUAGCUAGAAUCAGUAAUAAUUUUCCUUCCUUCAAGAUAGCAAGCAUAGGGGAUAUUACAUAUUUACUAUCCAACAACUAUGGGUUUUGGGUGAUAUGGGAUCGAAAUUCGAAUGUGAAAAUAGGAAUUUCCACAAAAUGGGCUCGACGAGUGGAUGGUUUGUGCGGAUACUUCGAUGGAUACUCCAUGAAUGAUAAAGAAUUGCCUGAUGGAAGUCAGGCUCGAAGCACUGUAGAAUUUGGAAACAGUUGGGCCAUGGAGGGAGUACCAGAAUGUGAUCCACAGGUCUGUCCACACGACUUGCAAGCAGAGAGCUGGAAAAUCUGUAAUAUAGUGAAGGAUACCUCCUUGGCAGAAUGUUCAAAGACUGUGGAUUUGGAAAAAUUUGUAUCUAGUUGUAUGGAGAGCACGUGUAGCUGCCUGCGCAGUAAUUUCACAUACAACGACUGUCGUUGCCGUUUGUUAACUAGUUUUAUCACUGAAUGUCAAGCUAGUGAUCUAACUAUGGAUCUAUCUAUCUGGAGAAGCACUCACAAUUGUCCAACCUCUUGCACCCCGCCUUUUGUUCACAAAGAUUGCUUUAGAAACAAAUGUGAGAUCAGUUGCGAGAACUUGCAGCAGAUAGACCCUUGUCCAGUAAUGCAGGGAGUAUGUUUCUCUGGUUGCUUUUGCCCAGAGGGUACAGUACGCAAUGGAGAUAAAUGUGUACCUCCUAUACAUUGCAAGGAUUGCAUUUGUGAAUGGUUAGGGAACUCCAAAUUCAUCACCUUCGAUAGAAAAAACGUGAAAUUCGAUGGAAAUUGUACAUAUAUUCUCUCCAGAGAUAUUAUUGAAAACACAAAGGGAAAUGAAGAACACACUUAUCAGGUUCUCGUGUCAAAUAGAAUUUGCGAUACUGGAAUAUGUACCGAGGCGAUUAUAGUUCUUUACCAGGAUCAUGUAAUUAAAAUUAAGGAGGGUGUACCUACCCAGGAAUUCGAAGUGGAAUUGAAUGGUUCGAAAGUGUACGGAUUCCCCUUCAAUACACCUUGGUUGACUCUAGAACAAACACCUUCGGAGAAGCUGCUGUUGCUGAUUCCUUCUAUUCAACUAGAGAUCAUCAGCUACCAGCCGAACUUUGCAUUUAGCUUGACUGUUCCUUCUCACAUCUUUGGAGGUGCUAUAGAAGGUCUCUGUGGUAACUGCAAUGCAGAGGCAGAAGAUGAUUUGAAGCAACAAGAUGGCCAAGUCGCGGACAAUAUGCAAGAUUUUGGUACAAGCUGGUUGGUCACAGAAUCUCCAAGUGGUGUCAACAUAGACACAAAUACGUGUAUUUCCAUUAAUCAAAGCAAGUGCGUUCUAUCACCAACAGAUCAGGCUACAUGCAGGAAAUUAUUAGAUACGAUGGACUUUGACAUGUGUCAUAAUCUUGUUGAUCCAAUGCCAUAUUUGAUGGCCUGUCAAGAUAGUAUGUGUUCUGGAGGAAGCUAUUGUGAUAGUUUUGAAGCAUAUUCAAGGAAAUGUCAGCAGAUGGGAGUGUGCCUAAUCUGGAGAAGUAGUGAAAUGUGUCCUCACUUCUGUCCUCCACACUUGGUAUAUCAACCUUGUGGUUUUACUUGUAAGGAGACUUGCGAUACAAUCAACGAAAUCAAUAGUACCGCGUGUUCGAAGAAUUAUGAAGAAGGUUGUUUUUGUCCUCCAAACUUCGUCUUUCAUAAUGAUACUUGUAUCCCAAAGGAAAAAUGUUUAUUAUGUGAUGAAGAAGGACACGUUGAAGGUGACAUAUGGUUCCCAGAUGUUUGCACAAGGUGCACUUGCAAUAGAAAGAGCAUUAAUUGCGAGAAAACCGAAUGUCCAGCAAUAGACACUAUCUGUGAAGAGAACAUGGCACCUGUAGUGGUUAAUGGGACAGAGGAAUCUUGUUGUACUAAAUAUGUUUGUAUUCCAAAAACAGUAACCACUGUGGCACCCUUCUGCAUUGAAGAACCUCAAAUUCCAGAGUGUGGCUAUGGGCAAACUGUAAAGGUAUCUGUAGAUUCAGAUGGAUGCAAGAAAUACAUCUGCGAAUGUGUGCCACCAUCAGAAUGUCCUAUCCUCAACGAAGUCGCACUAGAAGUCGAAGAGCUGGAACCUGGAUUCGUGCAGGUGACAAACACUUCUGGUUGCUGUCCGAGAUCUAUGACUAUCUGUGAUUCUAAGACUUGUCCUGCAGCACCAUCUUGUCCAGAAUAUCAUGAGCUGAAAUCUGAUGUAAAGUGGGACGUUUGCUGUGCCACUUACAAGUGUGUUCCACCAAAAGAUUUAUGUUUGUAUAAUGUUAAAUCAGAGAGUAAGAUAGAAAUGUCGGAACAUAUAGUGGCGAAGAAGCUUGGUGAAAAGUGGAUGGAUGGAAAAUGCACUUCCUGUAUCUGUGAAUUUUCUGAAACGGGUCCCACACCGAAGUGCUUUACUACAGAUUGUCUCAAAGCAGUGGACCAUCCAGAUAUAUCUGACUUUGUCGUAGAAGAAGUUCUUGUAGAGGAUAAAUGCUGUCCUAAUUUCGAGAGAACAGCUUGCAAGGAUGGAGAUGAGAUAUACAAUAUUGGUGAUGUUUGGCAACCAAAUCCUGAAGACAGUUGCACUUUAAUAAAGUGUAUCAAGGAUGAAAAUGGGAUACAAAAACAAGUGAGGGUCCAAGAAUGUAUCACAACCUGUGAUCCUGGCUUUGAGUACCAGCCCACGAAUAAUAGGAGCACCACUUGCUGUGGACGAUGCAUUCCAGUAGCUUGUAUAGUCAACAAUAAAACGAUAAACGUGGGCGAAGAAUGGCUCUCUCCCGAUUUCUGUACCAAGUACGCUUGCCAGUCCAACAAUGAAAGUAUCUAUAUAGAAUCUUUCACACAGAAGUGCCCAGAAAUGGAUGCUCGGGAAGAAGCUGAAUUUGAGAUAGAAAAGCAGUACAUCGCAGGCCAGUGUUGUCCACAGUUUAUUAAAACUGGUUGCCGUUAUAAUGGUACCAUGUAUAAACCGGGAGAGAAGUGGAAAUUAUUGGAUGAUAAAUGUACUACAGAAUUCUGUGUGUUGAACGAUGUUGUCACAAAGUACAAAGACAUAGAAGUUUGCAAUAAAAAUUGUACUCUUGGCUGGGUAUAUGAAAUGAACGAGGCUGAAUGUUGUGGAAAAUGUAGGCAGGCUUAUUGCGUGGUUGGGGAUAUGUUAUAUGAGCCAGGUGCUACCUGGUUUUCUACUGAUAAUUGUACUUCAUUUACUUGUAUGAAUCAAGGAGAACAACUAGUCAUCAGCAGCAGUUCUGUAGUCUGUCCUGAUAUAACUUAUUGUCCAGUGACCUCAAUUUACACACAGGAUUGUUGCAAAAUGUGCAAUUUGUCAGUGUAUAAUCAAAAGGUUGAUUCUUGUGCUGCUGAAGUCUUAGAGCUACAGAAUACUAUUGGUAUGUUUAACAUUAAGCAUCGAGGACAUGGCAUUUGCAAGAAUUUAGAGCCCAUUGAUGGAGUCACAGAAUGUCGUGGUAAAUGUGAAUCCACCACCUAUUUCGACACAGAGAAUUGGAAUCAAGUAGCUAAUUGCAAAUGUUGUCAACCAACAGAGUAUAAACCUCUAGUUGUUGAACUGACUUGUGAAAACUACAGAACAUUCAAGAAACAAGUGGCUGUGCCAGUUUCUUGCACCUGCUCAGCCUGUACAUCUGGUAGGAGUGGUUACAAAGGAAGAAAAGGCGGAGUAAAGAGCUAAAGAUAAUUAUAAUUACAUUGAUGUAUAAAUGUAAGCUUUAAAAUACACUCAAGAAUACAAAAAUA